UGUAUUGUCGUUUGUGUUGCAGGAUGGUCGCUAGGCGAAGAAAAGCAGGAAAUGAAGGACACGCGUGAAGGAGAGGACGUUACCCUGGAGUGCCGCUUUCCGCCGCAGCUCAAGUCGCAGAACCCCUCCUUCUACUGGCUCAGGGUCAACCGACACACGCACGACAACGUCGCCAUCGAACAGACGCCCCUCGACAAUAACUACAGGUUGGACUUCCGUCCGGAGCAGGGGAAAUACGACCUGCUGAUCUCGAACGCGUCGUACGAGCGGGACAACGGGCGCUUCGAGUGCCGGGCCAAGGCGCCGGGCAGCGGGACCGACCUCCAUUCGCAGUCCUUCGUCGUCACCGUCCUCACCCCGCCGGGCCCCCCUCGAAUCUCCCCCGCCCCCAACACCACCGCCACCGAGGGCAAACCCCUCGAGCUCGCCUGCUCCAGCGCCGGGGGCAGCCCCGACCCCCUCAUCAGGUGGUACCGAGAAGGAAUCCGCGAACCCUUGGAGACGGCCACUCACUCAGGCAAAGAUGGCGUGACCUCAGCCAUCCUAUCCCUGAGCCCGAAAAGGGACGACGAUGGCGCCAUCUUUCGUUGCGUCGUGUGGAACCGUGCCAUGCCCGAAAGCGCACGACUUGAAACCAAGCUCACCCUUAACGUCAACUACUUCCCGCGCGUGGAGGUUGGCCCCGAGCCGGUGGUCCGCGUGGAGCGCGAAGGGACGGUGACGCUGCAGUGCAACGUGGACGCGAAGCCGCGCGUGAGCGGGGUGCGGUGGACGCGGAACGGGCGGUUCGUCGCCACCUCCUUCACGCACACCCUCCGCCAAGUGACGAGCCAGGACGCCGGCAAGUACACCUGCACCGCCGACAACGGCCUCGGCCAGAGCGGCGAGGCCGAGAUCACCCUCGACGUCCAGUACGGACCCCAGGUGACGAUCCAAUCAGGUCCAGGCGUGAGCCGUCAGCGCGACGUGGAGGAAGGCGAGAGCGUGGUCAUCCACUGCAACGUCUCCGCGAACCCAGCCCCGACGACCGUGGAAUGGCUUCGAGAGGGACGUCCCGAGUUCCGCCAGUCCGGAGAGACCCUCGUCCUCCAGAAGGUCUCGGCCGACUCCGCCGGCACCUACACCUGCCGCGCCGUCAACGUCCUCAACCCGACCUCCCUCGCCAGGACCAGGACCAACAAGGUUGGAAAUGCAUCGAUCACUUUGCUGGUGCGUCACCAUCCAGGACAGGCAAGGAUCACCCCCGAUCGGCCAAUCGCGACCGAGGGCGCUGGAGUUACCCUUACGUGCUCUGCCUCCCCUCCUGGCUGGCCCAUGCCCACUUACCGCUGGUGGCGGGAGUCUGACCAGCCUAGUUCUUCCUCAGGCUCGGCUGUUACCAUCCUGGCCACUGGCUCCAAGUACACCAUCCCGUCCGCCCAUAUUGGCAGCGAGGGAAAAUACCUUUGUCAGGCCAUGAACGAAAAGGGUAACGGAGAUAUCGCAUCUGUCAUCCUCACAGUCCACCAACCUCCUCGAUUCCUCGCUAAGCUUCAGCCGCAUGUCACCAGAAGGGUUGGUGACUCAGAAUUCAGUGCAAUGUGCGGUGCUCAAGGCAAGCCAAAACCCUCUAUCAAAUGGUUCAAGGACGGUGCAGAGAUCUCCCCAAAAUUGUUCGAUAUUAGUACAACUGAAUCGGAGGGUGAGAAUGAAGUCUACACUGUGCACAGCACUCUGCGAUUUUCUGGUCGGGACAGACCCAACGGCAACGAGCUCAUACCGUUCGAUCGUGGAGUCUACUCUUGCAUUUUUGAAAACGAAGUCAAGCGAGCUGAAACAAGCAUGCAUCUUAGGAUAGAACAUGAACCAAUAGUGCUCCACAAGUACAACAAAGUUGCUUACGACCUUCGUGAAACUGCUCAAGUAAUAUGCAAAGUUCAAGCGUACCCAAGACCUGAAUUCCAAUGGAGUUACAGCACGCACACAGCCCCUCUUCUCCCUGGCAGCGAUGGACAUUAUGAAAUCAACACAACAGUCAAUGAAGCAGGAGGCGACGUGUACACAUCCAUCCUACAAGUCUCCAACUUGCGCGAACUAGAUUAUGGUGAUUACAACUGCCGGAUCGCAAAUGCCCUUGGUAAUGUUCGCACGACCAUCCAGCUCCAACCGAAAGGUGCUCCAGAGAAACCAGAAUCGGUGACAGCAACGCAAACGGGACAUAACUAUAUCACCCUGAAGUGGGUGCCUGGAUUUGAUGGUGGACUCCAGAACACCAAGUAUUUCGUGUCGUACAAGAAAGUACACCACUCGGCAGACAAUGAUAUUGACAGUGAUUGCUACGCGUCCAGGAAGGCAAACACAUAUUUGUCAGAGGAAUGGCAAGAGUUUGACUGUCAGAGGAGCAACCCGUGCAAUGUUACAGCCCUUGAACAGCACCAGACCUAUGUAUUUAAGAUGAAGGCGUAUAACUCAAAAGGACACAGUGAUUACUCUGAAGAAGCCUAUGCUAUGACUAAAGUUGACCGGAUACCUGCACCUCAAAGAGUAACUUUCAACCCAGAAACUCUGGACCUCACCUUAAACAUUGCUGCCACUUGUCUGCAAUUGGUGGGCGUUGUUGAAGCAACAACAAGUCAACUAGCAGAUCCUGACUGGCAUAUAAUUGAAACCCUCCAUCUAGAAGCUUCUGGAAGCGGCUCAUCACGGCAAGAGGCAACCAUCUCAUCCCUUGCUUCAAGGAGAGCCAGCACUGGACGAUCGCUUGAUGACCCUGUCGAAGACCAAUUACUUGUUGACCGUUCAAUGGCUGAUGAAGUGAGAGUUCGUGUCCGUCUUUGUCUCAGAAGCAGUCAAGACACCUGUGGAGAUUACACUGAAGCUGAAAUUGGACCUUCGUACGUCAAAGAAGCAAGCACACUACCCACACCAACGAUCAUUGCAAUCGUUGUAUCCUGUGUUGUUUUCUUAUUGUUCAUUGGUUUACUCUAUGUGUUCUGUCGCUGCAAGAGCAAACAAUGCAAGAAGGGAAGCGGGAAAGACUACGAAAUGGACUCAUCGGUGCAUCCAAGUAUUGUGCAACAAGCCCCACCACCUUACUACCCUGCAUCUGGAAUGGAAAACAAGGCGUUGGAACACUCAUUAGACUUGGCGCUAGAUGACCAGAACAAAUAUGUGAAUCAGAACGAGUACGGUUACCACACCAACGCGCACGGAGGCGGACAACAUCCAAAUGGGGUGAACAUGGCUUACAUGGAAAACAGUUAUUCCAACUCAAACAACGGCGGUUCAGUGAACUCGCAGGACUCGUUAUGGCAGAUGAAAAUGCAGGCAGCAAAUUCACCAGCAGGAGACCACCACCAUCAUAUUGCCGACAGGACCAACCAUUAUGGUGGAUAUGACCCUCUAACUCAUGGUGGAUACGGCACUGUUGACGAUUAUGCUCCUUACCCACACUUGACAUCCCAAACCCCAGACUACGGCAGUAACGCACCAUCUCGACAAGAUUAUGCUGCUCCCAACAAGGCUCACCAAGGCCAUUUACGUAGUAUAGAUUCACCAUACCAUGAUGUGAGUGGCCUGCCAGAUCCAUACAUGGAUCAUCAAUUAAUGGAUAGUGAAGAAAAUCUGAAACCUCAACAACACCUCUCAAUGUCAUUUGACGAAAGCCUAGAAUCUGGGUAUUCGACACCGAACUCAAGGAAUAGACGAAUUAUACGUGAAAUAAUUGUAUAGCUGCAUUCGUAAACUUGACGCACCGGAUGCGUCAGUUGCCUGUAGGAUAUGAAUUUGUUUUUGUUGAUUUGAACCCUUCUCGCUCGUCAACAACCGCAAGAUCUCAUCAAAAUUUUUAUUUUUUGACUUUUGAUUUUUAUUUAUUUCUCGCAAUCAUACCGUUCCCUUCUUGGAAACCGGAACAUAUUAGGCUCAUUCAUUUGUUUUUGUUUGUUUUUAUAAAACAAAUUUUUAUCAUUUUAUGUUACUUAAUUUUAGAUAUUAUGGAACAUGAUGACACAUUUAUUCGGAAGUGAUUUUUGAGACGCUCGCAACUUAGUACUUAGGUACAGAAACUUUUGAAGAUCAGUUCCACUGAUCAAAAUUUUACUUUCAGUGGACAUUUUUGGAAGUUCAAGCCCUUUUAGAGAUCCCUGUAUUUUUGUGGCGAAAACUUUCUCUGAUCCAAAAAUGUUCCCCUCGUGCAAUGUGAAUUAUAAAAAAUUUUUUAUUCAAAAGUGGUAGGAUCUAAUUUUAAUAGUAUCUAAAGACAGCGAGGAAUUAUUAAAGCACUCAUUUGCUCCUCUUAAAGGGUUUUUAAGGCUAGUCAUUGUUAAGUUUAUUUUCUUGAUUCUUGCCUCCUGAUAGAUUCUGUUAAUUGACAAUAAUUUUGCAGCAAUCCAUUAACAAAAUGAAAAUUUGCAUGAAUGCACAUUUUAGAAAAAUGAUAAAUUUCAUCAAUUUUGUGUGCACUUAGAGAUAAAACAGAGAAUAUUUGUAUUCUCUUUUCUUCUCUUCUUUUUCAGUAGAAUGAUCUGUAUUCAUUCAGAAUCUUAAAUUGCUCAGUCCUAAAUUCAAGUAACCACAAUUUGUUUUUAUUCAGAUAUUUUCUCUGUAUGUAUCUGAUAAAUACCUGUAAAAAUUUAACCAUUUUAGAUUGGUAUUUUUCUAUUUUGCAGAGAUGAUUACAGGCUUUGUCAAUAAUGUUUGUUCCUUAAGUAAAAUCUAUCACAAUAAAAAAGUUUACUCUGAUCAUCAGUUUUCCUGUUAGAACCCGAGGGUUCUGAGUUUUUCAAGGAUUUAAAAACAAAAUGAAAAAAAAAAGAAGCUAAAUUUCUGAAGGACUGUAGAUAUUCUCUCCAAAAAUCUUCUCAUUGAAUUUUGAAGCACAAUGAUUCUGUGACCUACCAGUGUAAAAUAAGCAAUAUUUGAUAACUGCCAAAAAGUCUUCCUGCAGUCUCGAAUAGCGCAUGAAGCGGCUCUCAUUCUCACUGCCUAAUUCGUCUCAUCAUUAAUCUCUGUCCGAAUGACUCUUUUCUUAUGUUAGUGUUCUUUUCUUUUAUUUUCCGUCGAUGGUAAAUACAUACUAGUGUUCAUGUUUUUUCUUGUAAUUUAUCUAGGUAGCUAUUUUUCUUACGAUGGAUUCGUACCUUGACUCUGCGAAUCGUUGUUGAUCAGUAUUUUGUACAAACGUAUACAUAAUCUCCGUUUUACCGGGACCUGUAAUCUAUUGUAAAUUUGUAAAGUCACUACUUAAUUGUUCCAAUGCUCAUGUGAUGAUGUUUGAGAUCCCUAUUUCUCCGUCUUUUAAAACUGUAAUUUGUCUGACUGAAUUGGAUAGGGAAAGAAACUUGUCUUUAUUUUUUUUCUUGUUUCGAAAAAAAGAAGGCAGAAUUUCAAACGUUCCCAUGGACCUGAAUAUUUCAUACCUCAUCAGGAGAUUGUAUUAAAUACUGGCAAAGAUUAUUGACUCAAAUGCCAGUGCAGCAUUAAAGAAAUUAUCAAAAUAGUAGCCGAAACAUUUUCAGGUCUUUGAUUGCAUUGUACAAACUAAUUGUUUGCAGCAAAGCUGCAGAGCCCAAAAAGGUUCCAAUUUGUACUAUUUUAACCAAGUGGUGAGCUUAAAUGACAAGAGUUCAAGCCCCCCUCCAAUUUGCAACACUUGUCACUGCCAGACGUUAGAUACUUCACAUAUUUGACGAUUAAUUUUAAGAUUUCGAAGAGAUAGCUUGUGCCAUAAAGUUGACACUUUGAUCACAUCAGUUCAGUAUUAUCUUUAUUUUUAAUUUAGGCUUGCGUCCAAGUUUGAUUUUCUUUUCGAUACCUUGAUGUUUUGUCUCAGCAUCUUUUAUUUUAAGUAACUCGGAUCCCUGAAUUUUUGGGAAUAUUUUUGUACGCGUUUAGAUGAUAGUAGUUUUUACUCUCUUAUUUAAAUCUUGCGUCUAGUUGAAGUUUUUGGUGCUAUUUUUCUUGAUUUCUCAACUUUGCGAAACAAGGCUGAGAUUUAUCCUUGAAUAUUUUACUGGGAAGCUUGGAAGAAUUCAACUAAAUUUUACAUAUCGAUGGCUAAAGUGCGUAACCAUGUCCCUCUAUUGUGGUAUUUCAAAUCUCUGCUCCUAUUUUAUUUUUUCAAAGAAAAACAAGUCAACUAUGUAGCUUGAAAUUUCUAUGGACUAUUCUGCUAAUAAAGAAGACAAAUCAAAGAAGUUUUCAAGAAAAUAAGUUGACUUGUUUUCCAGAGAAAAAAUAAAAUAUGACUGGAAGUCUGCAACUUCGCCAUCAGAGGUACGUGGUUUCGCACUUUAGCCAUCAAUGUGAUCUAAUGUGAGCGAUGCAAACUAUUGUUAGCCACUCAUUCUGGAAUGUCAAAUUUUAUCCCUUACUUUUAUGAAUUUAAGAAGAUUCUUGCAAAUUUUCUUCCCUCUAAAAUUACAGAAGAACAAGACCUAAUUUUUUAAUUAAACUGACUCUUGACUUCCUGUUUUAUUUUUUAUAAAUUUGCAUAAUGAAUCAAUUUAAUUAAAGUUUGCACCCAGCAGAAGAAAAAGGAUCUGUUUUUGAAAAUGAAUUCGUCUAAUGAACCAAUUGAAUUAAAGUUUGCACCCAGCAGAAGAAAAAGGAUCUGUUUUCGGAAAGAAAAUGAUCAAGAUACUUCAAACCCUUACCCAUUGUUGAUAUCAGUGUUGCUUUCAAGUUGCCGUGUUGUAAUUAGGGUUUUUUUUGUAAGUGUAAAUUUUGUACAUUACCUGUUUGAUAUGUUAAUACUGUAUGAAAAGUGUAUUUAGGCUGUUCUUGAUGCAUUUUGUUCAUCAAUUUUCUAGUUCAUAGCCCUUUCCCUGUACGGAACCUUUUAUUAAGCUUUUUAAAGUGCUCAAGUGUUUAAAAAUGUAUGUAUAUACGUUCAAAAUUCUCCACUAUUCAGAGUAUGCUUGUAUGUCUGCUAGUCAACAUGACGUUUUCACUGACAGUAAGAAUGCUGUCGACAUACUUGGAUUUUUUGAGAAGAUUAAUUGCAUUUUUUUCUCAUUAUGUACUGAGAUGCGUCAGUCACCAGUGAUACAGAACUUUACUUUGAUUAUUAGCCCUAGAUCUGCUGAAAUUAAUAACAUUGACAUGAUCGCCGAAUUCUUACAUUGUAAUCAAACGAAAGUAGUCGCCUCUUUUUGAAAUACAUAACAGAUGAUGUUAUGUAUCCACGAUUAGAGUUUAUAUCAUGGUGUCUUGAAUCUUUGCCACAUCAAUCGUUGAUCCUUUUGUUUUAAGUAAUAAUUUUUAUUACAAUUUUAAACACAACUUUAUGACACAUGCACAAUAUAUAUUGUUAUAAGCAGUCUUAAGGAUAAAUUAUUAGUUUCAAAGUUUUAUGGAUGUCGCAGUAUCAGUUCAUCAGUGGCAGUAUACUAUUUCAGGUUCUCCAGUGAGUCUUGAUUUCAGACUGAUAUUUUACAACAACAGACCAAAAUAUUGAAAAUUACAAUGCACAAGUGGGUGUUUUUGUGGGUUUGAAUAUUAUUUUACCCAAGUUUGUAGAAUCUGCUUAGUUUAUUCACCAUUAGACACUAAAAAGUACAAGUUUGUUGACAGUCUACAAGUAAAGAUAUUUUUCGAAAAGACAUUGCCAACGUUUCACAUGAAUUUUCUUUUGUGCAACAUUGGCUCCUCCCUAAGUUGUAGUAUCUUCCCCUAAAUUUUGCACCUUCUUUAGAUCUUUGCAGAUGACUCACGUACAUUUGUUGUUUGAUCGCUUUGUAACACUCAUUUGGAAGGGGGAGUGUGUCUCUAGAAAGUAUUGCUCUACUUCUUUGGAUCGUAUUUCCCAGUCAAAGGAGGAUGACUUUUGCCCUUGAUUUUAUUUUUAGACAUUAAGAUUAUUACGACAACCAUUACCUAGUUGUUAUGUUUGACCAGACAAGCACUGCAAAGCAGAAAAACAGCAGUACAGUUAGAAACUGAAUUUAUGCAUUUUUUAUUUGAAUUUUAAACGAACUGAUGUAUAUAGCUAGAACUGAAAUAAACGUAUAAUUAGAACAA